ACCCCCCAGUGUGACACCCGGCGGAAGUAACACCGGAAGCGCUAGCAGCGUUAGCUCUGUGGCUGUGUGGAGUCAGCUGGAAGACGCUGUGUCGUCGUGUGGCACGUGGCCAGUGGUGAAGAAGCAACAAUGUGUUCAGCUCAGUGUUGGACACAGUUUGUCCUCGAGCGACUCACUGCUGCUGCUGAACUAAUAUCCAGAGACUUUGAACAAAGUGUCGUCGAGUACGAGGAAGAGAUCGACCGUCAGCGCAGACUGCUGGACAUCGUCUGGAGACCCGAGAGGAAGCUCCACAGGACCGGUGAGUCCGAGCAGGAGAGGAGCUCCAGUCUGGACCAACAGGAGCCAGAGCAACCGACUGUCACCGAGAAUAUUCUCAUCGAGUUCAAUGAAGACACUGAUCAUCAGCGAGGACUGAUGGACAUCGUCUGGAGACACGAGAGGCUGCACAGGACACAGCUCCCACAGCAACACGUCUGUAAGGAGGAGGAGGUUCUCUCUGAGCAGCAGCUCUGUGACCAGGAGAGGAGCUCCAGUCUGGACCAACAGGAGCCAGAGCCUCCACAGAUGAAAGAGGAGCAGGAGGAACCAGUCAGCAGUCAGGAGGGAGAGCAGCUUGUACUGAAGCAGGAGACUGACACCUUCAUGUUGACUCCUACUUAUGAGGAAAGUGAGCACAGUGAACCAGAACCAAACAGUGACCAGCAGCUCCUCUCUCACUACUCUCCUGUAGCUGAGAGCCACGAUCAGAGAGGAAGUGAUCAUGUGGAGCCAGGACCAACUAGAAAUGAAGAGACAAAGAGAAAGAAGAGUCGUCACAAUAACACGAGUCACAGUGACAACGUAGACAACUCUCCUCCAACAAAGAGUCACUGUUACACUCACACAGGCGACAAGCCGCAUGCUUGUGAAACAUGUGGGAAGUGUUUCAGAACUAAGUCAGAUAUGUUGAUUCACAUGAGAACUCACACAGGUGAGAAGCCGUAUUCCUGUGAAACAUGUGGGAAAUGUUUCAAACAGUGUGCUCACCUGAAUGCUCACAUGAGAACUCACACAGGUGAGAAGCCGUAUUCUUGUGAAACAUGUGGGAAAUGUUUCAAACAGAGGCAUCAACUGAAUGUUCACAUGAGAACUCACACAGGUGAGAAGCCAUAUUCUUGUGAAACAUGUGGGAAAUGUUUCAGAAGGAAGUCAGAUAUGUUGAUCCACAUGAGAACUCACACAGGUGAGAAGCCGUAUUCUUGUGAAACAUGUGGGAAAUGUUUCAAACAGUAUACGCACCUGAAUGCUCACACAAGAGUCCACACAAGUGAGAAGCUGUAUUCUUGUGAAACAUGUGGGAAAUGUUUCAAAACUAAGUCAGAUAUGUUGAUCCACAUGAGAAUCCACACAGGCGAGAAGCCGUAUUCUUGUGAAACAUGUGGGAAGUGUUUCAAACAGUGGACUCACCUGAAUUAUCACAUGAGAGUCCACACAGGUCAGAAGCCAUAUUUGUGCAAAACAUGUGGGAAGUGUUUCAGUCAGCGAUCAAACUUAAAAUUCCACGUGAGAAUUCAUACAGAUUAAAAGUCGUGUACUAUCUGAACAUGUGGAGAACUUUCACAGUUGAUGCUGAAUUACCAAUGGUUAGUUUUCUCUCUCUUCUGGUGUAUCUCUGACCCCAGAGCUGCAGGAUCCAAACCUGUCAUUAAUAUUAAUAUUAUAAUUACUAAUAAUAUCAACAACAUAAUUGCAUUCAUAAGUGUCAGUAUUCU